AUGCCGCUUUUUGGUUGGAUGAAAUGGUCAAAAAAUGAUUCCUACAAAUCUGCACAAUAUCCUGGCUCAGAAGUAGUGACCAAGACCCUGCUGAGGGAAUUGAAAUGGCACCUGAAAGAACGUGAAAGAUUAGUACAAGAGAUUGAAAAUGAACAAAAAGUCCAGAAAAAUGGUGUGGAUUACAACUGGUUGAAGAACUACCAAAAUCCACAAGCCACAAUCCCAGCUACUGAACAAAGGCAGCUUGAAGUCCUUUGUUCACAAAUUCAACCUUGCCAAACUGGAACUGUUCUUAGCAGAUUUCGUGAAGUUUUGGCAGAAAAUGAUGUCUUACCUUGGGAAAUAGUCUACAUAUUCAAGCAAGUUUUAAAAGAUUUCCUAACUACUAUUGAGAAGGAAAACCAACAAGACCAACUGGUAGAUGUAUGGAAUACAAAUUGCUCUGAACACUUCACAGUGCCUGGUGACAGCUCUAACAAAUCGGACAAAGAUGAAAUUCCCACAGUUUCAAGUUACGUUGACAAAAAUACACAGAGCAUGUUUCCCACUUUUUCUCACCGAAUCUGGAAUCUUCCAUAUUACUAUCCAUCAAGUUAA